AUGCCUAGCAAAUCUGGUUCAAGUUCUACAUCAAUGGGUCAGAUGCCACGGAAGGGUGACUUCAAGUAUGACAAGACUAAAAGCUCUGUGAAAAGUUCAAAUGCGAAACGCAAGCCAAACGAGUUCACACCACGGAGAGAAGAUGCAAAUUUCACUGAAGCAGAAAUCGCUGAAGCCUUUGCCUACAUGGUGAACGAGGUCUUCACUGGAACUGAGUCCUUAGACGUGCUGCUUGCGUCAAUUCCUGAUGGCUGUGCAGUGAUCGAUACUGGUUGCACGACCAGUGUGGUAGGUCAACAAACGGCUGAACGUUUUUCCAAAUUGUUUCAAAGCCUGACCCUGCCGAUUCCAAAGCCAUGUGAAUUGCCUGCAGUAGAGUUGAAGGGAUUUAGUGGGGAUAAGAGGGGGAUGGAGGCAACCUUAGAUAUGGGGAAUGGCACCAUCACCAGCAAAAAGCACAACAUGGUGAAUUUCCCGCUGAAACGGGCUUCCAAUGGUCAUUUCCUCCUGCCGUUUUGUGAGAUCCCGUCCGAGUUUCAGCUUGAUGUUUCAAAGCGAUCUGCUGAUGUGAGUUUAGCUGAUACUGGAGAUAUGCCCAGUGACCUAUCCGAGCCGAUGUCAUCAUCCGAUGACGACAGCAGAGAAGCCGGCCGUGCUGACACCAAUGAGCCCAAUGACGCAGCCCCUGCAGCCGCUGAGCAGAGGCACGAACCGACUGAGGUAAUGAGAGAUCCAGAGUUGCCCAGACGAACAUCGCCUUGUUCGUGCACAUUCCCAUUGAACGACCGCCAGUGCCAGUGCCAGCUGAGACAGCUAGUCACUGCCAGUGCUGCUGUGAACAAUAGAUUCAAUCUUGCAAAGGGAGGACCCAGUGAAACCACAGUGUUGCAGCAGCGCAAAAUUGCCAAAAGGCACCUGAGUGCCGUUUCUGAAGCGUGGCAGUUACAGCGUUUGUUUGGUGGUCACUGUCAUGCGGAGAACCCAUUGACUUCUGAAGCAUGGUCACAGUUGCAAUUGCUUGAUUUCCAUGAAGUCCGCAUUGACAUGUGCAGCCUUGGCAUGCGAUGUCCAAAGACAAACGUCCCUGUGCUUAAGCCCACGAAGAUCGUCACCACGAUGCCAGAACUUGCAGAACGACUGCUGAAGUGCCGUUGUGAUCAUUUGCACCAACAUGCCCAUCUUGAAGGUGCGUACAAGGGUCGCAACUUGUCCUCUUGGUGUGAAGUUUAUCCAAGUAAGUUCUGCCGAGUAGUCUCUGAAGUUCUGAGCAACUGCCGUGCCAAGUCACCGAGACUUGAAGAUGUUUUGUUUGACGAAUCCGAUGCACUUGAACCAGCUGAUCCGGAACAACCUGUUCCUAACUCAGAGGGCGCAGUUGCAGCCGCAGCACAGCCUGAGCAAAGACCUGAAAAGAUCAAAGCAAUAAUCCAAAAGUUGCAUACAAACACCGGUCAUGCAUCCGUUGAACAAAUGCUCAGACUUGCCAAGCGUUGCCAAUCGUCCCAAGAAGUUCAAGAUGCCAUCCGAAAGUUCCGUUGCCCUGUGUGCGAGGAGUUGAAAGUACCACCAUCUCGAAGGCAAGCUGCAAUGUGCAGCCCAGAGGGACUUCGACCAGUGCCAGAGGACGAAGCUGAAUUCCGCAGCCUUGCCCGUUCUUUGUCGGAAGGACGUCUGCAUCCCGAGCUGGAGCAAGCUGAACAAAAUGUUUCCUCCAAAUCAGGUCAGUUUGAAGAUCUUUCAGAAGAACACAAACCCAUAGAAGAAGAUCAUGAACUUGAGGAUGAUUUGUGGGAAGAGCCGAAUGUAGAAGACUCACAGCUUGAACAAGGUCCCAAAAAGAUCAGACCCAGCCUUGAUGAUGCAGAGAUCGGUCAAGAUGCGCAAUCUGGUGUACAGUCAGAAGCUUUGCCUGAAACUCCUGAAUCACAACCUCCGAUCACUUCCGAAGAUGAAACCGCAGUCAAUGAUCCAAUGCCACCUGCAGAACCCGAACCUAGAGCUGUACAACCUCAUGAAGUUCCGGUGCCAAUGGAUGAUGGUGAUGAACUGAUUGUAGAACAUGAAGAAAACAAUCCGGUUCCUGGUAAGCAUGAUGUCAUGGAAGUAUCUAUAGAAGUCCGCCCAGAGGACAUCACUGAACAACAGUUGUGCUUGUGGGAAGUGAUUGAAGAUUGCUUCGUCGUGCAGCAGCCAGCGAAACAACGCCGGGUAGAGGUCAGUUUCCGGAAAUUGAGUGAGGAGGAUAAGAAAAGGUUUGAGGUUGCAAUGAAAAAGGACCUGUUUCGCUUGGAGAAAGCAGCCUACGGGCUAGCAGAAGCCCCACGGGCCUGGUGUGCUGGACAGCUGGCAUGGGCCGCAGGUUCAACACGUCCUGACAAAGCAUUCUUAGCCUCUUAUUUGCAAGGUAUCCAGGAUAAAGGUGGUUACCUCUUGGGACUCACCAAUACCUUGAUGAGAGAUCGGAAAACCGCACCGAUGUGGUUGGUGGAUUGGGCAAGCAAAAAGUUGCAGCGUGUGGUCCGUUUCUAUGAUGCUUCCAGUAAACUGAGCAGUGCAUCCACCAGUCAAGAGAAAAAGUUAGAACUAGAACAUGCCAUUGCCAGAAUGCCUCGCAAGAUCUCCAAGAAAGCCGCAGAGACGCCAAAGUUGAAUGAGGUUGAGAUUUCGAUGACUGUUGGUUUGCUCACUCGGGCGAUUGCCAACAAUCAAGCUCGCCCCAUCUUUGAGCGUACAGCUGCCGAAGAUCCCCAGUCAUGUCAGUGGCUGAAGAACUACAUCCCAGGUUUUGAUGUGCCUGGUGGUAUGUCCGAAGCUGCAAAGCGUGUUCGGGAUGAGAUCGAGAGUUCCCAUGGUGAAAGCCCACGUUCAACUGUGUGGAGUGUGGUUGGCCGUGGUGAGAAUUCUUUGCCGAGUGGCUAUGAUGCUGUCACAACUCCUACGCCUGCCGUGGUUGAGCCCAAUGUGACCACCAUCAGCCAAGUGAUCAGGGAUGUCCAUACCCGUCAGAAUGUCAAGAUUUCUCUGCCAGUGGAUUGUGUUGAUGUGGAUGAUUGGUCGAAGACCGUGAUCGUUAUGAAGAAGUAUGAGAAUCAGGGAUAUCGCUAUUCUACGUUGGUUGCCGAAGCAAUGCACAACGCUGAAGCCAAAGGAUAUCUCCAAUGGUUGGUGAAGACCUAUGGCAAGGAUGUUGACACACCUUGUGAUACCCAGGCCACUGACUUUGCCAGAUUCCUCCUUCGCAUCAAAUGGCUUGAGACUGAUGGCAACAAGGGAACUGGACGCUUCCAACGUUCGCGCUAG